ACAAACUUAUCUAUGAGGACUCAAAGAAUAUUGCUGCAAAGUUCAAAAAUGACGAAUACCUAGAGUCUUUCAACGUGACGGAUUAUGUGUCCAGCAGAAAUUAUGUCCUUAAAACCUUUCUUGACGGCAUAAUUGACGACGUCCCAUCGAAAAAAAACUCAGCUUUGGAAACCGCAAGAUGUAUAGACUACAUAAACUAUAUGAGGAACUCAAUGUUUAUAUCACCACUGAGCUUCAUGCAGAGUCUUUUAACCUACUGCAUAACUGGAAGCAAAGCUGCAGUAGUUUUGAAUUCAAUUGGACACCCAUCUGGUAGUUAUACCACAGUCAACAACUGGAUUAAAGAGUACAGCAAAGAAGCACUACAGUGUCCUAAUGACGUGGAUGUUGUUACUUUCUUUGAUAACAACCAGGUAUUACAGAGAAAGUGGCGAGUUAUUUCUGAUUUCAAAUCGGAAAGCAGUGUUAUUACAAACCUGAUUCAUGUGUUACCCAACCCAAACAGUAUGUUGCAAUUGGAGGACAAGUUUUCACCAAAACAUUGGUUCAAGUAUGAUGAAGCAUCCAAGGAUAAAGCUGUGUCUGAUAUUUUAACGUUGUUCCAACAAGAGGAUGUUGCUUUUUGCAAAUUUAGAAACCAGUUUAUAGACGAGCAACUCAAAAUUGUCUGUGAUCUAUUAACAGCUCAUGAAGAUCGGAAUGUUGGGGAAAGUUCAUGUGCUGGAUCUAUGGACCCACACGAUAGAUACAACUUUGUAAGAAGUGAACAUCCUGCUGACAAAAUUAAAGUAGUGAUGGGAGAUCCUUGCUUUGAGAACCCUGUG